GAAACAUGAGUUGGUGGCACUGAUGCCUACAUGCAGUCAACACACUUACACGGAAGACCUAAGUGAACUGCGGAUGUGUUUUACCGGGUCCACCUGAGAAACGCUGAUAUCCCCGCUAAAGUAAACCCGCCGGCGUCCUCCGACCAGGUCUGAUUCAUGGAAGGACAACGUCUGUCCAAGAGGCCGGCAAAGACACGCAGCGACCCAGAGAUGUAGCCUGCGUUAGACUCUCCUUAUUGAAAGGAACCAGCUUAAGUGAACUGGCUCAGCUUUGUGAAGACUGAAAUCUGCUUGUUGGGUCUGGGACCAGAUGAACAACGCAGCAGAAGAACAUGUUUUAAAAGUUUCUAUUUGAAAUCAAGUCGAAAAAAGAAAAGAUGGAACAAAAAAAGGGAAAAACUCCCUCUCCCUUCUCUGCAGGGUAUAAUGUAGACAGUUGUAAGAAGGCAGGUGACACAGCACAAGCCAAGAAGGAAGGGUUGAAUGAGGAUGGAAAUGAAUCAUUAGACAAAAAAAUUCAAACUUCCUUCUCAGAGAAACAGACUGCAGAAGAGAAGUAUUCAGAGAAGGAUGAGCUGCCGAGCAAAAGUGUCCUCAGAAGGUAUCAUGAGAUUUCCGUAGGUUCUGCCUCUCCCUCCAGCUUCUGUAAAUCUAUAAUACAUCCUGACGUCCGGCUUCCUCAUCAUCACCUCAGACGACAGAACAUCAGCUCUGCCCAGUCUGUGCAUGAUACUGUCAGACAUCAAUCUCAACAGUCAUCUGGCCCCUCAUACAACCAGCUGUUCAACCGCCUGAGCCCUGUCUACAGCAGCAAAACACAAGGUGAGGUGGGGAAAAACACAGAUGAGCUUUCACCCACAACAACAGCCCAUCAUGACCCAGACAUAGAACAAUAUGAUACGAGUCUUCCAUCUGAACCUUCACAUGAAAUGUUAGACAGAUCAUAUUUAUGGAAUGCCUCCAUUUCAGCACCACAACGUUCCCAGGAAGGAGUGUCCGAACAUGACAGACCCAGGAUUCAUUACCUUCCCUACUUUUCCAAUCCAUCUAUCCGCACUCCCUUCUCUGCUGAGUACACAGGUAGUUGUAAGAAGACAGGUGACGCCCAACAGACAGGGAAGGAAGAGUUGAAUGAACACAUAAAUGAGCCAUUCAUACAGCAUUUAGGAAGUCAAACUUCCAUCUCAGAUAAACCAACUGCAGAAAAGAAGUUUUCAGAGGAGGGUGUUUUGGAUCAGCUGCCAAACAAACAUGUUCGCAGUAUGCCUCGUAUGUCUUCCUCAGCUUCUGCCUCUUCCUCCUGGAGUCUUCAUGAUGAUAGCAGGCAUAUAUCUGGGAUAGGUUCUAACCCUCUGCUUCCUACUCCCCAACUACCAUACAUGCACCUCUUCCUUGCCCCGUCUGUACGUAAUAAUGCUAGACUUCAAUCUGAACUAUCACCUGAUUCAUCACGCUUCUACAAUCUCAACAGCUUGAGACCUGACCUCAGUUCAGCACCAAGAACAGCAGACUGCUACUCGACUAUUGUUGGUAAUAACAUUUUCUCACUGAGUAAUAUAACUUAUGGAAUGAUAAGGACACAGGCUGACAGGUCAUCUGACCUGUUAAAAAACAUCUAUGGGGAGUCUAAACCUGUUCACACCUCUGCAGCAGAUGCUACGCCGGGAGUCAAUCAAGAUAUUACCAGGGAAUUGAUACAAGCAUAUGGAAAAGCUCAUUUUCUUUCAGCUCCAUCACCAGUACCAGACCAGAUAUUGCAGCUUCCAAACAAUAAUGACACAGAAGAUGGUGGCCCCAGACUUAGUAACUCUAGUUUUACUGUAUGUCCACAAAACAGGCCUGCAGUCCUCCAAGAAGACAAGUUGGGAGAUGACAGUGAUGUCCUGAUGGAAACAGCUGUUCCAGCUGUGAACUGCUCAGUCACAAACACCCAGCCGACUCAUCCUCCCCUCCAAACCUCCUCCAGCUGUUUGCGUCGUUCUCACAGCGUUCCCUCACUGAGUCUAACAACCUCCGCAAAGAACAAGACCUUCACCCGAUCAAAGAGCUUACCUGACAUGCUGUUCAAACCCAGCUGUGAGGAGUUCACCCCUGAUAUCACUGUUGAUGAAAACGAUGAAACCUACAGGUUCCAGUGCUCCUGCCCAGGCCUGUACCAGUGCAGUGUGACAGGCCUGCUGUUCCACAUGGAGGGAGAAGGGGACGUGGUUUACAGGAUCGUCCCCUGGAACAGGAGGCUACUGGCCCGACACCACAAGCAGCCUGCAGGACCCCUGUUUGACAUCAAAUGUCAGCAGCAGUCUGUGUGUCGGCUUCAUCUCCCACACUGUGAGAUCCGCUCCACAGGUGGAGGUGAGUUCUUGUCAGUCGCUCAUGUGAACGACGAGGGCAUCGAGUUUAUCGGCCCUCAGAAGAUCACAGAAACUCACGUUGUUAUAAACAUCACAGGGUUUUCUGGUUUCGGUAAUGUCAAGGAUGAAGACUCGCCGGCUGACCCGGUCCGAGCGCUGGUUCUGCUGUUCUACAGGCCCCCGGCUGAUCCCGACGCUGAAUCCCUCCUCAACGUGUUGCUGCUACCGAGGAACGUGGUGCUCCGGGAUGUGCUGCGCACCAGGAAGAAAUUAGUUGGAGAUGAGAGCUACAUAGAGACGUCCCCACACUGUAAACUGCAGCCAAAGCAGGAAUACACACUGUCCACUUGUCCUGCAGAGGACUCAGUUCUAGUUCAACCAACAGAAGCAGAGUUUGACUGCGACAACUACGACAACUACUUCCCAUCAUUCCAGGUGAUUUUAGAAACAAUGAGGAAACACGUGAAGCUGUUUCUGAGAGACACCAACAGCUCCCACAGUGUCUGGGAAAGACGAGUUUGUCUCACUGGAGUAAAAAGGUCCUGUGGGCCGAGCGCUCUGAAUCUCUCUUCAGAUAAGAGGCUGUUGGACAUACGGAGCAGCUUCAUCGAGGGGAUAUCAGGACCGGUUCUCACAAGUCUGCUGGACAAACUGUUUGAGAAAACGGUGAUAGCUGAAGCUGAGAGGGAGUCAGCGGACGAGAUGCAGAACAGAAGAGACAAAGCUGGUUUUGUUAUCGACACAGUGAGGAAGAAAGGUGAAGCUGCUAGUUCAGAGAUGAUUGAGUUCCUCUGUGAGGCCGACCCCUUCCUCUGUGAACAUCUCGGCUUGAUCUGAAGGCAAAUCAACAGGUGAUGCAUGCAUUAUCUCUAAGGUUUCUAAUAAUUCAAUCACACAGAUCCUGUCAGAAUCAGUGAUUUAAGUGUUUAUCACAAACUUCUCAGGGAUUCAGCUGCACAGAGGUUAUGAACAGGUUCAUGUAAAGAUUUAGAGACGUAGAGGACGAGGGGGAAAUGUAUGUAACUGAACAGCAAAAUGUAUUAUAACUGGUGAAAUAUCUCCAUCUACUGGACAUUUGAUGUACAAGCAUCAAAUGCAAAUACUCACAUAUGUCCAAAAUGUACAG